AUGGUUAUUCGCCCUUCGAUCGAGAAAUGGUCGAGACAAGAGCUGGAAGAUCACUAUCAUGUUCUUUAUCAGCAGCAUCAUAGCUUAAAACGAAGUUACAAUGAGUUAGAAAGUAAACUAAAACAAUCAAAUGCCAAAAUAAAACGUAUUACCAUCAGUGGCAAAGAUGGCAGUAAUGAUGUUAAUUAUGCAGAAUUAAUUAAGGAAAAUCGAUUACUCACCAAUAAAUUGAAAAAUCUAAAGCAACAAGUUCUAAGUUAUGCUAGGCCAGGGAUAUCAACACAAUGCUUACCUUCCUCACAGGCUCAUUUACCUAUAAAACGGCCACAAUCAGCUUUACCACGGAAACCUCAACCAUUACAACAAACUGCUAAUGUUUCAUCACAAUUUGUAAAUAUACAACAAAGACCAGCGACAGAUGUGCAAAAAGUUUCCGACAGGAAGUCAUUGCUUUUGGACAAGAUACUUUUUGUUAAAUUAAAUCGAGAAUUGAAACAGAAAGAUGACGAAUGCGGUUUAUUAAAAUGCAAAUUAAAUAAUACUCAAGAACAAUUAGCAAAGCUUAAAGAUGAAUAUGACCAAUUGUUGGAACAAUUUCAAAGUAAAGAAAAUGAAGGAUUGAAAUUGCAACAACAAUUUGAUCAAUUAUCAUUGAAUGCUACAACUGAUGCAAAAAUUGAGGAGCAAUCAAAAAAUAUUCAAAUUAUGGAGAAAGAAUUGGAAAUGAUCCGAGAAGAAAAUAAAAUGUUGCAUGAAGCAAAUGAGAAACUUAUACAAAAUUCACUAAUGAUCGAACAGCUAGUAGUGAAAGAGGAUAAACAACAAGAAAUGAGGAAUGAUCGACGCAUAUUGGAAAUGGAAAAGCAAUUAAACGAAUUAUUUGUGAAAUAUUCACAAUUAAAAAAAGAUUAUCAGAAUUUGCUGGGAACAAAGUUGAAAUUAGAAGAAAGAUUAAAUAAUCAAAAUGAUCAAAAAAUUAGUGAAAGAAUGAUUGUUGAUAAGACAACAAAGCAAACAAAUGAAUUUGAGAAAACGAUAAUGGAAAAUUCGACAACAAAUGAUAAAUUUAACAAAACAGAUUUUAAUCUUGUAAAAAUAUACGAAGAUUUGACUCGAAUAAUUGAAGCACAUAUUAUCAAGAGAUCAACGGAUGAUGAUAAUAUUGAUGAUGAUCAUGAUAAUGGUGAUAAAAUGAUAAAAGAAAAACAGGAAUAUGUUGAUAAAUGGCGAAUAAUGUACAUGGAAAUUUAUGGUGAACUUGAAAAGGUACGAAAUAUGCUACUCAUUCAACAUAAUAUCAAUGAAAAACAUCUUCAAGAGAUAGCUUUAUUAAAUCAGAAUUUAAAGCAAGCAAAAGCACACGCAGAAAUUAAAAUGAAAGAUUUGAUUGUAAAAUUGAGUGAACGUGAAGCUGAAAUUGUAAAUUUGCAAAUGCAAUUGAAAACGUUGGCAUAUGAUGAACAGAUGCCAAUUUCAUGUGUUCUGACGAAUGAGCAAGAAAUGGAAGCAAAUGAAAUGAUGUUGCAUUUAUCAAGAAUAGUAUUAAGCUCAAAUGGCAUGGCGCAAAUUGGUACUCUACGACCUGUCAUUUUUCUGGCAAUUGAAUUUUAUGAUUUUGAAUUGCAAACAACACCAAUGUUAAAUGGAUCUGACAUACGAUUGGAUUUUUCAACAAUUUAUGAUGUUAUUGUUUCAAAUUUAUUUCUUCAUUAUUUAGAAACACAUGGUAUAACAAUUGAAAUGUAUCAGCCACGUGGCACCGAUUAUAUUCUUUGCUCAAUUGGUAUUAUUUCAUUAAAACGAUUAAUUAGCAUAAAUGAGUCAUACAGUGGUGUGCUUCAUAUGAAAUCAUUGCAUGAUGGAUGCUUAUUUGCAACAAUUGAAUAUGAUAUUAGCAUAAAUUCUAAAAUGAUUAAUGCAUUAAUUUUGCAAAAAAAAAAAUUAACUGUUGUUAGUAUGGGAGCAUUAGCUGACAGUGAUGAAUCGAUCAAUCAAUCAAUGUAUAAUGUACUAAUUGUUAAUAUACAACGUUGCGCUAAUCUUGAUAAGCUUAUCAACGACAAUUAUGCCCCAACAACGUUAAUUUCAUAUGAAUUGUAUGAUUAUGAUGCAUGGCGAACACAAUUAGUGCUAAAUAGCAUUAAUCCGGAAUAUAAUUCCACCAAAACAUGGCUUUUGCCAACCGGAAAUGAUUUAUACAAUGUUUUACGUUCAUCGCAUUUAACAAUAGUUGUUUUGGAGAAACAAACACAUAGUAAUGAGGAACGUCAAAUUGGUUAUGUCAAUAUUGCGCUUUAUCCGCUUGCUCAUAACAAUGAAAUUUCCGGAACAUUUCCGCUUCAUUCGAUGACAAGGGAUAUACCAACAGAAGCAUCAAUUGAUAUUUCAAUAAGUUGGAAAUUUCCGUAUCAUCCGCCUGAACCGGAAUUAGAAUUGACAAGUACUAUGGAAAAUGUUAAACGAAGUAUUAAAACAAAUGGUAUAGUGCAGGAGGGAAAAUUAAUAAAUGGUUGGUCAAAUUUAACAGAUAGCUUUAAUGAUAAUAACGAAAGUGCAAGUAAGAAAGAAAUUGAUGGAAAAAUCUAUGAAUUAGACGAUUUGUCGCAGAAAUGUCAUAACAAUGAGUCACAAAAAGUGUCACCAAAUUUAAUGGAAAGCAUCAAGCAAUCAUCAAUGAUAAAUGAUGAAUUUAUUGCUACAAAUGAAGAUUUUGAAGGUGAAAAUUUCCAUUUUCACAUAGAUUCUAUGAAUGAUAUAAAGAAAGCAAUGCCAAAAGUAAUUGAUAUUGUGGAUGAUAAAGAUGAUAAAAUGGAUAAUCAGCUUACCAAUAUGGAGGAAAUGAAUGAACAACAUAAAUCAUCAAUUUUAUCAGAAAAAAGACGAAAAAUUCCUCAUGCAGUUGAAUUUGCUGAUCCAAUUCAGGAAAUAUUUUCACCAAGUACGAGUAGCAUGGAUGAAACAAUAAAUAGUUGGACAGGUGACGAUGGACAAAUUAUUGAAGAUGAUAUUUCAAUUAUCAGUUGCAAAUAUUCACAACUGAAUGAGAAACUUCCAGAUCUUAGCAGCAAUGGUUUUGAUAAGUUGUCAUCAUGCAACAAUUAUAUUAUUGAACUGAUCAUUGGAAGCCUUCAUAUCAAUGAUCAAUCAAAAUUGAUUGAUCCUUUAUACAAUGAUCAAUCAAUUUAUAUCGAGUGGAAAUUGCUGGAUUUUCCAUCGGAGGAAUGUGAAACAACUGGCGAAUUACUGCCACUUCCACGUGACACACAAACAACGGCAGAUUUUAACUUUCAAAAAUCAUAUACAUUAAAUAACAAACAAUAUUACCUGUUGCGACAAUGGAUUGAACAUGGAAAUAGGUUGGAAAUAAAUUUGGUAAGUAAUGGGAAUAAUUUGAAAUCAAGUGAAGAUCUAGGCGUAGCGUACGCUGAAUUAGAUGCGCAAUACAAUGCAGAAAAACGUCUAAUACAAUUUACUGAUAUAAAUGGAAUUGAAGUUGCGAGCAUUGAUAUCAGUAUAUCAUACAAUAAAAAUUUAUUGGAGCAACUUCAGGGAAUUGGAAAAGUUCUAGAAAAUGAGUGA